AUGGCGUUUCUAUCUUCUGGUACAUCUGGAGAUACAGCAAAUGAACCAAAAAGUAAAACUACAGAAGUAGAAGGCAGCCAACCUUUGGAGACUGGAAAAGAAAACUCAUCCAGUGUGACUAUAGCAGACCCUGAGAUGGAAAAUCAGGCAGGCCAGACUCUGGAGAACAGCUCACUAAUGACCGAGCUCCUGAGCGACGUACCCUUCACCUUGGCCCCGCACGUGCUGGCAGUGCAGGGCAUCAUCAGCGACCUUCCUGACCACUUACUCUCCUACGAUGUCAGUGAAAACCUAUCACGAUUUUGGUAUGAUUUCACUCUUGAAAAUUCAGUGCUCUGUGAUUCAUAAUCUUUAUGUUUAUUUGUACCUAACAGCUUUAAAAAAAAAAAGUUUACUAUUUUGUUUAACCUGCUUGGUGUUCUUUAACAUUUCACUCUUGAAAGACCCCCAGAAAAGCAAGGGUCAUAAAGCAAACAAAACAUUAUUUUCAUGUUUUAUUUUUCAGAAUAAAGUAAGUUUAUAUAAAAAUUGAACUUCAGUUCAAACUUCUCUUCCAUAAAUAAUAAAUAUAAAAGUGGAGCUAUCGAGGUUUUAUGAAAGGAGAAGUUUACUUCAGCUGGCUCCCAAAAUGUAAUACUGUGAAACAGAACUGAGUCUUUUUCCUUGGUUACCACAACUCUGCAUCCUAUGCUUGGAGUGAGUGUGAAGUCUCUUUUCUGGUUCAGAGAAAGCUUGAGUUCAUGCUAUUCCCUUUCUUCUCCAGUGUUUAUGAAGGAGUUCAGAAAAAAGUUUCCAGUUAAUUUCUUCAGUCUCAACUUAGACAAAUUGAUAUGGAAAUUAAAAAUACUCCUAAACAGCAGUAAUAGUUUGCUCAAAACCACUCUGUUUCUUCAGUGACACACUUCCAUUUUUUUAGACCCACAGAAACUCUUUCUACCUGGGGAUUCCCCUGUGCCCACCUUUGUUCUCCACCUCUUCACCCCCUCUCCUUGCUUCUGCCUCAGUUGGCGUUUGCUCUCCUUACCACAGAUGUUCCCAUUUUAUGAAGAGAUCCAUAUUUUCAACCCCUCACCUCCUGAAGAAAAACAUCUCAGGAUGAUGCAUAGUAUUGCUGAUAACAUCCUUAUUUAGAAAUCCACCCGCCACAAUACAGAUGGAAAGUUUUACUAUUGUAAAUACUCCACUCAUUUUCAACUAGAGACUAAGAAAAACACCUAGGUAGGACUUUUAGUUCUUGGAUAUCCAUUAUUUAUUCCAAGUAAGAAUGAGAAUUGCCACUGAUCAAUAAACUAUUAAGGGAAGAGGUAAAUUGUAAUAGAGAACUUCUAUACCAUGGGAAAUUUAAGUCACAUUCGUUUUGAUUAGUAGCAGUAUAAUUUAUUAUUUAUGUGCCAAAGUUUCAGAUGUAUUUUUUGUAAAGACAAUGCCAUAGCAAAACUAAACACUGUGUGUAAAGGUACAUAAUUUUAAUGUGUUAUAUGUUUGUUUAAUAAAUGUGGCAUGGUCUUGAUAAAAAUGCUAUAUUAUUAAAAG